GCGCAGAAAGUCACCUCGUCGUGUCGGUCAGAGAGGAGCUACUGACGGCUAGCGGGGCUAGCAUGGUCAUAGAGCAGCAGAGGGAAGGUCGACAGUAGGACAGCAGCAUCCGCUUCUACCCUUUCACCCACCUCUUGUUUAUUUAUUUAUCUAUCGACAUCAUACAAAGAGUCAUGGCUGCGCUGAGAGCGUCCUACCACAGGAUUUUGGACAGGAUCGAGCACAUGCUGCCCGCCAAACUGAGACCCCUAUACAACCACCCUGCAGGUCCUAAAACGGUUUUCUUCUGGGCCCCAGUGUUUAAAUGGGGUCUGGUUGUAGCUGGUUUGGCUGAUAUGACUCGACCAGCAGAUAAACUCAGUACCUCCCAGUCUGCGGUGCUGACAGCCACAGGUCUCAUCUGGUCCAGAUACUCGUUGGUCAUAAUCCCGAAGAACUGGAACCUGUUUGCUGUCAACUUCUUUGUCGGCAGCGCAGGAGCCUCCCAGCUCUACAGGAUCUGGAGGUACGAGCAGGACAAGAAGGCACAGGCUAAAGCGGCUGCAGAGUCCUGAGUGCUCCUCUGUUGCCUGCGCUGCACCUGCAGUGGACUGAAAGGGAGACGUCACACCAGGCACCGACCUGCCCCCUCACAUCAUCUCAUGUUGUCUCCAUAACAUCCAUGUCAUAACCAUUAAUCUAUCACAUUAAGCCUGUUGUCCCUGUUGGAAAUGUGCACUUUUCCUUAAGUUUCAAAUUUCCUCAGGGUAUUUAAAACAAACAAACAAACAAACAAACAGAAGAAAGAAAGGAAAAAAAAAAAGAACGUUUUUUUAACUAGUCAACACACGCUCAAGAAUGGUGGUCAUCAACGCACAAGUAUUACUUGUUCAGCAAGUUGUAUGAUUGUACAUUGUUUAGUUUAAGUUCUUGCUUUAUAUAUCGUUGCACUAAUUGGGAAUUUUUUGCUUUUUCCAUCAUCGUUUUUCAGGUGUAGCAAACCAGUACCUCAUGCAAUAAUUUCCCAAAAAAAUGUAACUCUUGGAUUUGUGUUGAACUUGGUUUAAGGAAUGUUUCCAAAUGAAAUUAAGAAUGCCAUCACAUUCACGUGUCAUUUACUUAUUUAUAAUUUGGUUAUAGUCACAGCAUCUGUACCUCAGUGAUUAUUAAAUCAUCAUUGAUUAUCAUGUAACAAUUCCUUCCAUUUUAAUAGUUUCAAAUCUUUUAAUCUGUGUGAGAAGAAAUCCUAAUUUAUGAAUCACUUGAUUACAUUUUUCUCUUGUAGUCAAAACUGUAUAGAAAGAUGCUGUUAUUUUCUGAUUCUCUAUCAGGAAUCCUUACACCAAUGCCACAUAUUUAACCUGUGCAGCUUUUUAUUGAUUGUUAGCACAGAGUCGACUAGUAAACACUGGUACUGACACGCUAACUCUGACUUGCCAAUAUCGAAACCUCGCUGUUGAUGCCUUUAUUCUUAUAAAGGUGUUUUAUAUUUUUGCUGUGUAAAAAUAGUACUUUCUUUGACAUGUUUCCACUGUAGUUAAACAGAACAAUCCCUGUCAAUUAUAGCAAUAAUUGAUAUCAUCACUUAAAUACUUCUUGAUCUGCUGUUUGAACAAAAUGGCACUUUGAAGACUGAUCAUUAUGGCUCUGUGGCUGAUGGCUAUGUAAUGCUAAUAAAUCUUGUUUAACACCUA